AUGCUCCAUCAACGUGCUCGUGCGUGCGGCCUCUGGGUCUCACUCGGCCUGCUUGCUUGCGUUUCCCGAGUCAGCACAUCACCGGUCGCCCAGCUCGCUCGUCCCUCUUAUGACACUAGUGACCUCUCUCACAUCGCUCUUGAGCGAGCAACUUCCGAGACAUUAUCCGAAGACAUCCUCGACGCUCGCGACGACUGCUCCGACGGGCUUCAGAUAUCCACCUCCUUGGGACAAAUCGCAGGGGCAUCGGUAGCGGAUGGCAGAGCCCAGCGCUUCACCUUGCCUUAUGCUCAACCACCUGUCGGAUCUUUGCGCUUCGCAAAUCCCCAAAACAUCGUAUCUUUCGGAACGGCGUCGUCCGUCUAUGAUGCUUCGAACCUUCCUCCACGAUGCUACCAGUAUGGAGAGGAUGUGCGCGGUGGCACCGAGCCGUCGGAGGAUUGCCUGUACUCGAUCGUCUACAAGCCUGCCAACGCAAAGAAUGGCGACAAGCUUCCAGUAUUGGUAUGUAAAUGCGUCCUGCUGGACUUCGUACCAUGCUGCUGAUCGCUUGCCUGUUUCCCCUCCCUCAGGUGUGGGUUCACGGCGGUAGUGGCAUUGGUGGCGGAGCUACCAACGCCGGUCUGGACGGUUCCAACCUCGCCGCGAGCCAAAAUGUGAUUGUGGUCGUUCUUCAGUACCGUCUCGGCCUCUUUGGCUGGCUUCAAACCUCGGCCUUGGUGGAUGAAAGCAACGGUGGAACACCAAACGGCACCAAGGUCUCCGGAAACAUGGCUUUCCGAGACGUAGUCUCUGCCCUGCAACAACUCCAAUCUGUUGCGCGCUCCUUCGGCGGAGAUCCCAAGCUGGUGACGCUGAUUGGACAAAGCAGCGGUGCUCAGCUCAUUCGCUCGCUGCUCACUUUGCCCAUCGCUGCUCCACUUUUCCAACGAGCCAUUCUCAUUUCGGACACGGAGGACUACGGGCCAGCGACUCAAGCUCAAUCUGAUACACUCGGAGAAUACGCUCUCAAGGCUCUUGGUUGCACCGAUCUAGCCUGUGCACGUGCUAAAGACAAGGAUGACAUUCUCAAUGUCAGCUACGACACCUACUCCACUGUCCCUUUGGCCGACGGCUCAAUCGCGGGCGGGACACCAUGGAGACCCACGCUCGGCAAGUAUCUCCCAAGCGGUAUCGAAGUGGGUAAAGGCUUUCCCAAGCCGGUCAUUCUCAGCACCGUGGCCAACGAAGCAGGCAAUGUGGCCGGCAGCCUAUUUGAACCGUCCACCCUCAACCCGGGACAAAAUUUGAGCGCGCAAGGCUCCAUCAUUACUCUGCGACAAGGUAAUGCGCCUCUUCCGAUCGGACAAGCUUUGAACUUGAUCUUCAACCAGAACCGAGGUGUGCUGGCAACCAACAUUGCAGCAUAUUCACCUGGUAGUCCGAGCAGCUUACCCGUUCCAUCGGCUGGUGCGGAUGAUGCUCCGCGCAAGCUCUUCGAAGAGAUUGCGACGGAUGGAUUGUGGAGAUGCGCCACCCAACGCAACGCUCGCACCCUGGCUUCCAACAGUCAGGGCAAAGGCAUCUGGCUGGAGCAGCACAACAUUGGCGCUCGCUACCCGUCCAAUGAGGACGUCGACUACUGCGAAGCUGCGGGCAUCGUCUGUCACGAGGAUGACAUUUACCUCAUCUUUGGAACCACGCCUUCGCCUAAUGAUGCGCAACAGAAAGCCAGCUCAGAGAUUCAGGCCAGGUACUCGGCAUUUGCUCGGACCGGCAACCCGAAUGUCAUUGGCAAGACUACAUGGACGCAGGUGGGAAAGGGCAAUGAUAUCGAUCUGCUCGUCUAUGAUGACCAGGGCACAUCUAGCGCCCAGAAGGGCCAGAGAACGAGCGCUUGCAACAGCAAGGACGCUUGGGGCUUCAGAGUCAAAUUUGACUGGCAAAUCUACUCGUACUGA